GCCUGGGGAGCCCGAGGCAGUGGGGAACGGUGCCGCUUAGUGCUCCUGGUGGGCGAAGAGAGAGACUGGCCGAGGGUGCCGGACACUCGGGGGCUGAUCUUGGGUUCCCCCCGUCGCUGAGCGCAAAGGAGCGGCUGGGCGGGUGCACCACCAGCCGCACCAUGGGCGCUGGCGCCAGUGCAGAGGAGAAACACUCCCGCGAGCUGGAGAAGAAGCUCAAGGAAGAUGCAGAGAAGGAUGCCAGAACGGUCAAACUGCUGCUUUUGGGAGCUGGCGAAUCUGGGAAGAGCACAAUUGUAAAGCAAAUGAAGAUCAUCCACCAGGAUGGAUACUCCCUGGAAGAGUGCCUGGAAUUCAUCUCCAUCAUCUACAGCAACACCCUGCAGUCCAUGCUGGCCAUCAUGCGGGCCAUGGGCACGCUGAGCAUCCAGUAUGGGGACUCGGCCCGUCAGGACGAUGCCCGUAAGCUGCUGCACUUGGCUGACACCAUCGAAGAGGGCACCAUGCCCAAGGAGAUGUCUGACAUCAUCGCCCGCCUCUGGAAGGACACAGGCAUCCAGGCCUGCUUCGAGCGAGCCUCUGAGUACCAGCUGAACGACUCGGCCGGCUACUACCUGAGUGACCUGGCGCGCCUGGUGGCAUCUGGCUACGUCCCCACAGAGCAGGACGUGCUGCGCUCCAGGGUCAAGACCACUGGCAUCAUCGAGACCCAGUUCUCCUUCAAGGACCUCAACUUCAGGAUGUUCGAUGUAGGCGGCCAGCGCUCCGAGCGGAAGAAGUGGAUUCACUGCUUCGAAGGGGUCACCUGCAUCAUCUUCAUCGCUGCCCUCAGUGCCUACGACAUGGUCCUGGUGGAGGACGACGAAGUGAACCGAAUGCAUGAGAGCCUGCAUCUCUUCAAUAGCAUCUGCAACCACCGCUACUUCGCCAUCACCUCCAUUGUCCUCUUCCUCAACAAGAAGGACGUCUUCCUGAAGAAGAUCAGGAAGGCCCAUCUCAGCAUCUGCUUCCCCGAUUACGAUGGACCAAACACGUUCGAGGACGCGGGUGCCUACAUCAAGGUCCAGUUCCUGGAGCUCAACAUGCGCCGGGACGUAAAGGAGAUCUACUCGCACCUGACCUGUGCCACUGACACUGAGAAUGUCAAGUUCGUCUUCGACGCCGUCACCGACAUCAUCAUCAAAGAGAACCUCAAGGACUGUGGCCUCUUCUGAGCCCCCAAUGCCCCCCUCCCCCAAUCACCAGCAUGACACCCACGGCCACAGCCCCAUUACUGGCCCCCAGUGCCACCUCUGCAGUUCCCAGUAUGUACCACGUCCACACCCCGCACCCCCUGUACCAUGGCUGUGGCAACCCGUCACCCCCUUUGUAUCACGGCCACAGCUCCUCAUCCAAAUCCCCCCAUUAUCCCCUAGUACCACAGCUGCCGCUCCCCCUCGAUCCCACAUCCCC